CUCACACCCAUCCUUUUCAUUUGUCUUACUCUUCACACCAGCCCCGUUUCUCGCCGGCCGUCUCUCUCCCGUUCAGUGCCACCGGCGCCCGCGCCGUCUCUCCCCGCUCGUGCCGCCGCCGUAUUCUACUUGCAGUUAUUACCAGCCUUCCAUACUGUUAACGGCAGUGAAGCAUUGGGUGAGAUGGAGAACAACAAUGUUUUGGCAUCUGUGUACGCCACGGUUUUUAAGGAAUCGGAGAAUCUCGAAGGGAAAAGAAUCAAAAUCGAGGGAUAUGACUUCAAUCAAGGAGUAAAUUACUCGAAGCUUAUAAGGUCCAUGGUCUCCACUGGUUUCCAAGCCUCGAAUUUGGGAGAUGCAAUAGAAGUCGUCAAUCAAAUGUUAGAUUGGAGGCUUGCUGAUGAGAGUAUAACAGAAGAUUGUUCCGAGGAGGAGAAGGAUCCAAUCUUUCGGGAGUCGACGAGGUGCAAAGUUUUUCUUGGUUUCACCUCUAAUCUUAUUUCUUCUGGUGUUCGAGACACGAUUCGUUAUCUUGUUGAACAUCAUAUGGUUGAUGUGAUUGUCACUACAACUGGUGGUAUUGAAGAAGAUCUUAUAAAAUGCCUCGCUCCCACAUAUAAAGGCGACUUUUCUCUUUCGGGAGCAGUUCUUCGAUCAAAAGGGUUGAAUCGCAUCGGUAAUUUAUUGGUUCCUAAUGAUAACUAUUGCAAAUUUGAGGACUGGAUUAUCCCAAUUUUGGAUCAGAUGUUGAAGGAACAACUUGAAGAGAAUGUAAUAUGGACACCGUCCAAGGUAACCCGACGUUUGGGAAGAGAAAUAAACGACAAGAGUUCGUAUCUUUAUUGGGCUUAUAAGAACAAUAUUCCAGUCUUCUGUCCAGGAUUAACUGAUGGUUCAUUGGGAGACAUGUUGUAUUUCCACUCGUUUCGUAAUCCUGGAUUGAUUAUCGACGUCAUUCAAGAUAUUAGUGCCAUGAAUGGUGAAGCUGUCCAUGCCAGUCCGAGGAAGACUGGAAUGAUAAUUCUUGGUGGAGGACUCCCUAAGCAUCAUAUUUGCAAUGCCAACAUGAUGCGUAAUGGUGCAGACUAUGCCGUCUUCAUCAACACCGCUCAAGAGUUCGAUGGAAGUGACUCUGGAGCCCGCCCCGAUGAGGCUGUCUCUUGGGGCAAAAUUCGUGGUUCGGCCAAGACUGUCAAGGUACAUUGUGACGCCACAAUCGCUUUCCCAUUACUCGUCGCAGAAACAUUUGCCUCGCGAAGAGAAAAGGAAAUGCUGGCGUCUCGGGGCGCUAACUCACGGUACGAAUGUUGAUAUGUUGAUCCUUAAAUUGGCUUAUGAUGUGCUGUGAACUCUGUGGGCUUACAUUGAGUUAAGUUAUUGAAACUUUGGGGAGACUCUAGUCCAGGAACACCACCUUCCCCCAUGAGAAUGUUCACCACAUCCCAUGUUAGAAUGAGCUGCCCUAAAUCUGUGUGCUCAAAGCACAUUGGUUGAUCAAUAUUUGUGAGAUUGGCAGACCUUGGAAAUUAUUAAUAAUUUAUUUAAAAAAA